AUGCUUUUGCUAAAUAAAACUUUUUUUGGAUUUUUAACCCACAUGAAGACGAGAUUAUGUGUUCCUGCAUACUUAUGCGUAUACGUUCUAUGCUUAUGUGUGAAUUGUGUUGAAACUAAACUUCCGCAUGAAUCUACACAGCAACAUAGUGAUUCCACCCUUUCACAUGAAUCUAAUUACAUCGAGCCUGGAAUUGCGCGUGAAUAUCCAUAUCCAAAACAAUAUAGCGAUUCCACCACCCACUCAAGCAAUCCAUCUAAGUUUUCGUACACUGAUGAUAUGAAGCCUCUGGCGUUUUUAGUGAUCCGUUUGUUUGAUUGGGCUCGUGUGACGCUGGAUCAUAUAAAGAAUCCGAUGAACAUACCUAUAUACGUACCGUCAGACAAUCGUCAGUUCAUUACUGAUAUAUACAAUGAAAAGGGAGCAAGCGACUGUUUUGUAAAUCAUAUUUUGAAAUCUACAUGUAUUGAGCAGGCGCGCAGGACAAUUCUCAAGGUUUCUAAGAAGAUUGAUAAGAUGAACUUUAGGUUUUUAUCUGCAUUUCAAAAAGCAAAUUAUGGAAGUAUGACUGUAGAUAUUGCAAAAUACAAUGAUAUAUUGAAUUUGAUGGAUAGCUACAUAGCUGGUAUAGAACAAGCAUGCUAUUCUCUGUCUGCGUAUAAUGCGAAUUAUAAGUCUAUGACUGAUCUUAUUAACGAUUUAAAAAGAAGAUUCAGUAACAGUAUAAAAAGUGGUAUCAAAGAUUACAUAAAGAAAGCAUUAUCUGAUAUCAAUGUUAUUCUUCUAAAGGGAGAGCCAGAGCCUAAUUUAGAAAGGCUUGUUAGCAUAGAUCCUUAUAAUGACAGGUUUUACUUGAUAAGCAGACAUGAUCUGGAGAGUAAUUUACACCAGGUGGCGUAUAAAAUAGUCACUGAUGUGUCCAGCCUUUCGUCAUGGAAUAACAACAUACCUGAAUUUAGAUAUCCGUUUUUAAGGCUUUAUAUUGUUAUUGAGUUGCUGAAACAUGCUGUUUACUAUUAG